AUGGAAAGCAAAUACGCCGAAAAAUAUCAAGAUCGAUUGAUUCUUGGAGAUGAUGGCGAUGAGGACGAAUUGUUUGACGAGCUGGAAAAAGAUAUUGAGGAUCAAUUCUUGGCCAAAUACAGAGCAGAGAGAAUCCAACAGUUAAAACAGGAGAUUACCAAGAUCAAGGACCAUAGUUCAAACAUCAACCUCAAUGACCACGGUAACAUGAAAACAAUAGAUACUGAUGACGAACUAUUGAAAGAAACUGUUGAUAGCGAACGUGUUGUGAUCCAUUUCUUUAACCCAUCGUUUAGCACUUGCCGUAUCAUGGAUGAGAAGCUGUCUAUAAUCAGCACCAAACAUAUUGGAACGCGUUUUUUCAGAAUUGAAGCACAUAGAGCUCCAUUUUUAGUUGCAAAGCUUGGUAUCAAAGUGCUUCCAUGUGUUGUAUUGUACUACAAAGGAUUAGAAAGGGAUAGAAUUGUCGGAUUUGACAGAUUAAGUAAUUCUCAGACCAAUUUUGAGCUAGAAGCUUUAGAGGAGUUACUCUUAGAUAGUGGAAUUGUGGAACGAAGAACUGUCGAUUUUAGCAACCUGAGAAACAAGGUCCAAAACAAGGUGGAUCAGUCAAAAUCAGACUCAGAAAGUGAUCUAGAUAUGUGA